GAGUGUUCUUCUGUUGCUGCAGUGAUGGGUGAGACUGAGGUGCCCACGACAAGCAUAGACAUCAGCAAGAAUGAGAAAAAUGGGCGCCUCAAGGCAUUGGAUGUAGUGCUCUUGAAAGCUUUUGUCCAGGUUCCUCACAAGCUACAGAAUUUUCUUAAGUCACGGCUUAGAAGACUGUCAAAUGCUGAUGGAGUUAAAACAGUGAGCUCUGUCCCUAAAGUGACUUCAUCUUUGGAGGUUGACCUGGAAAAGCAGUUGCAAGCUUGGAGAGAAAAUCCUUCAUGGGAAGAUCAAACACCACAAAUAAAGGUCAGUGUGCCAAAAGGUUCUUUGUGCAACCUCAGUGUAAACGUCAAUGUUGGGUUGCCACCGGAUGCAGUAUAUAAUAUUGUUACUGACCCUGACAAUAAGAGGGUUUUCAAGAAUAUCAAGGAGGUCAUAUCCAGAAGAGUUUUGGUUGAUGAAGGUCUUAGGCAGGUGGUUGAACUAGAGCAAGCAGCUUUAUGGAGGUUUCUUUGGUGGUCAGGGACCAUUGCAGUUCAUGUUUUAGUAGAUCAAAACAGAGAAGACCACUCAAUGAAGUUCAAGCAAGUUAAAACAGGGUUUAUGGAGAGAUUCGAAGGUUGCUGGACAGUGGAGCCUCUUUUUGUUGAUGAAAAAAGCUGCCUUCCCUUUAAACCCACAACAUGGGCAGACUAUAAUUCACACACGGGAGGCAAGGGAAGGAUUGGAUCAAAAGUGAGCUUGGACCAACUGAUCCAACCGUCUAUUGUUCCUCCUCCGCCCAUUUCUUGGUAUCUAAGGGGUAUCACUGCCAAGACCACAGAGAUGUUGAUAAAUGAUCUUCUUGCUGAAGCCGCCAGGAUACGGGGAGAAUUGAACCCUGAAAAGUCUGGUGAAGAGGUUGAAAUGUCUGAGGAAGUUCUUGGUCAAGUUGAUAAAACAUUUAACAUCAAAGAAAGAUGGGCCAUGCAUAGGAGAAAUGCAAAGCAAUGUCAUCGGAGGCUGCCGAUUGCCAAAUGAUCUAUAUAUUAUACUUGGUAUUGAUAUAAGCACACUGUCUAUAGAUUUGUAUGUACUGGAAACUGAUAUUUAAAAGUUCCGUCAUCGUUUGUUGUAUCUGUCAAUGACUCAACUGCUUGUACCGUCUCUAUAGUUUGAACACUGUUUGUUGUAUUUUGGGUUUGAAAAACGAUCAAUUUAUUAGCAGG